CUGCCUCCAUAUUCCUAUUUGAAAUUUUUACUAUGAGAAGUAGCUUGAGUAAUAGGUAAGAAACUUAACAGGAGAUUCCUUUGAAAUUAAUGUAAUUUAUUCUUAUUAUCAGGGAAGAUUGGAUGUGAUUUAGUACUGGGAAGAUUAUUAAUCCUUUUUUGCUUUUAGAUAGGAGGCCUAUUAAUUCACAGAAACCUAUUUAAUUUGAACCAACUAAGAUAAGAUUUAUGGGGGCAAAUAAAAAAUGAGUAAAUAGCUAAUAAUGCAUUAAUUGAGUCAUUAUUACUGGCAAUGCUAUGUGAUUAAUAUGGAAAGCAUACCUAUUUAAUAUAGAAAUUUGCCUAUACACUUAGUUUUCCUCAUUAAUGAAGAAGAAAUCCUCUUUGUGGAGUAUGAAAUUCCAUAAUUUUGAGAAAACUGAUAUUUAAUAAUCAGACUCCGUCGAGACUCUCCAUUUAAUAAAUAGUCUGUCCAAUUGUAUGAUUUAUUUCCUUUUUUUUCCAUGGUUUUCUCUUUUGCCUUUGUCUUUUUGGCUUUCCCUUUUCCCUUUUCCUCCCUAAAAUCCUUCUUUUGCAUCGUGUUUUGGAGCUUUUCUUAAGGAGAAAACACAGCUUGUUCUUCUCUUCAUUGCUCAUUUGACCCCUCCUUGUCUCUUUCUUUUCUCAUCUUACAAAGAGCUUUGCCUCCCUCCUAUCAAAGAAAGAGCAUUGGUUCCCACUUUCCCCCUUUAGCUGGAAGCCCUAAUUCCUUCAAAAUGUUUCUUCUACUCUCUUGUCACUUUCCAUAGAAAACCCCGAUUUGCAACCAUUUCAAAUCAGUCCCUUUCUGUUGUUUUUGGUGAAUGACUUUUCCGUUGCUGGUUUAUCACCAAUCAGGAUAUAGCUUUGCUAUUUUCCCAUAUUUAGAGGCAUACAAAAGCAAUUACAUUGAAGGCUUGACAAACUUAGAAGUGUCUAAUCUGACUUUUAGGGCAUCCAAGCAGCUGGUUUUCUUCAAAAUUCUAAACCAACUCUUUAUCUUCUAGAGUCAAUUCUACCAUUUUGUUCCAUUUUCAAUUCAUCUCAUCCAUCCAAAACUUUCCUAGAUGAUAUUGUCCUAGUAAGUUUUCUUUCAGAUCUUUCACCACCCCUUUUUAGUUCUCUAAUCUGAGAGUUUCAACUUGUUUUCUAUGGAAAAUCUUCAAGAGCGUUUAUUACUUUCCUCGUCUUCAUCUUGUUCAUCUUCUUCCAACCCACACCUAAUGUCAGUCACUGCUGAAUGCUGGAGUAUAACAAAGCUAACAAUCCAAGAAAUAUUAUGUGCUAUUCAACCAACCAUAGUUUCUGAGCAAAGGAGGAAGGAGAUUAUUGAUUAUGUUCAGAGGCUAAUUAGGGAUUCUUUUGGAAAUGAGGUUAGAGAUCUUUUCCUUCAAUUUUUUUAUUUCUCUUGGUAGGGAUGCUGAAUAAAAAUGGUGGGUCUUUCUCUUCUUUUAAUGUGGUUUUUAUUUAUAUUUUUUUUUCUAAUAAUUAGGUUUAUGCUAGUCUUUUUGCUUUCACUCAACAGUCUGGUCAUGGUUAAUUUUCUUGGUAAUACAUACAGUUAGCUUCUUCCUCAAGGAUUGUGAUUAAGUUUAAUUCCAAUUUUUUUUGGAGUGGGAAAGCAACUAAUUCAUGAUGUUAGAAUAUCACAAAUAUAACUCUUAUUCUUAGUACAAAAUCGGUAGAAUAAAGGCUGUUGCUACCAUGUUGUUAUAUUGGAGUAUUUCUAGUUGAUCUUCUUUUGGUCACUUUGCUCAAUUUUUGUAUUCCUUUAUUUGUUGUGAAAUUACAAAAGCUUCAUUAAGGAAUGAUAUUAAGGAAGGCCUGGAUUAUUUUUAGUGGCAACUCCUCCUGUGACGAGUUAUAUGCUGUAUAAGUGACCCAUUCUUCUGUUUUACAUGAAAGCUGUACUGUAUGAAGGCUGUAGUGACCCAUUGUUCUGUUUUAUGUGAAAGCUGUACUGAACAUCACUGCACAAAGGUUGGGCAUCCUAGUAAUAAAUUUGAUAUGCGCUCUCAGAAAUUUCAAACAUUUCCAUUCAUAUCCACUUGUGACAUGCUGUGAAUGCAUGAUAGAGAACCAAACAAAUUAGAGAAUGGGUAACCUGUAGUGAUCCUUGCACAUCUGAAAUUUAUUUAUUAAUAAAAAAAAAUGCUAUCUUUGAAAUUGCUUUAUUCUGGGCAGGAAUGAGUAGAUUCUAACAAAAGCAGUCCUUUCAUGUAGCAUCUUAGAUCUUCAUAUGUUCAGGUGUUAAGUUUCUGCAUGGCGCUUAAUUCUUUGUUUCUUCAAUAUUCUCAUCUAUUGCAAGUAGUUGUCAUCAUCAUCGUCUCUAGUAUUCUCCUUUUUUGGGGUGGCUUGGGUUCUUCCUUGAUCAAAGACAUUCUUCUUAGGUGGCAUGGCAGUUCUACAAUUCAAGGGAGAAAGGUAUCUGGAAGAUGACACCUUUAUGCUUUUUUGACCGUCUAGAAAGAGAGAAAUAGAAGAAUCUUCUAGGGCUUCAACCUUUCAGUCUGGUGAUGAAAGACCUCUUUUUAAAGUAUUUCCUUUCUCUAUCAAAUUGUUCUAUAAUGGUUGUUAAUUUCUUUUUGCUAGACUUUGUUGAUAAAUUGGGUGUUGGGUAGACUAUGUAGUGGUUUCCUUUUUUUUUUUUUCCGUUUGCGUUGGUGCACCUUGUAUGCUUUCCUUGUACUCAGGUUGUACCCUUUUGUUAGGUGUUUCUUUUAAUACAUAUUACCUUAUUUUUCCAAUCAAAAGAAAAGGUUGUAGUUUAUUGGUUUGGUAUUUGAAGCUUUAAAGUCUUAAAAAAUUUCAACACCAGAGAUAUUGAGUUUUCAUCUUUCGCAUUCUUCAUUGACAUGGCAUUCAAGUUUAUACUAUGAACAGCUUAUUUUUUGUUCAUUUCUUGACUUAACAGAAAGGUAUUUGGGGUUUUGGCUGUUUGUUGCCUGAAAUCCUUGCUUGAUCCUUUGACAUGGACGUGAAGUUUUAAAACACUAAUGCAUGUAGAAAAUAUGAGAUAUCAGUUAAUUACUACUUCACUGCUUCUGUUCACAAUUAUGUUUUUUCUUUUACACUAAAGCAAGCAAUGCUGGAGAGGAGGAAUAGCCGUUCCAUUGAAGUACUACUACAAGUUUAUUUUGAGGAACCAAAAAAUAUAAAGCUCUAUGUGCUCCCAUUUGGCUCAAUGCCACUAAAGACCUAUCUUCCAGAUGGAGAUAUCGAUCUCACUGCCCUCUGCCCUGAAAAUGAUGAAGAGGAUUUCGCUAGAGAUGUCUGCACUCUCCUUGAAGGUGAAAGGCAAAUGGGCUCAGAGUUUCGAGUAGAAGACAUUAGCUACAUUCGGGCAAAGGUUAAGAUUGUGAAAUGCAUGGUACAGGAUAUUUCCGUGGACAUAUCUUUUAACCAAACUGGUGGACUCUCUACACUAUGCUUUCUUGAGCAGAUCGACAUUCUUAUUGGGAAAGACCAUCUUUUCAAACGCAGUGUUAUCUUGAUCAAAGCCUGGUGCUACUAUGAAGGUCGAAUUCUUGGAUCGCAUUGUGGCUUGUUGUCGACAUAUGCAUUGGAGAUCUUGGUUUUAUAUGUGAUUAACCUCUUUUAUUCAUCAUUAUAUUGUCCUUUAGCGGUCCUGUACAGAUUUUUGGACUACUAUAGCACAUUUGACUGGGAAAAAUUUGGAGUCAGUGUACUUGGUCCUGUUUCUAUAUCAUCCCUUCUCACAGGAGCGCCAGAGGCAGCAGAAACUGCCGAUAAACCGUUACUGAUUAACGAGGAGUUUCUGUGGAGUUGUAAAGAAGCAUUUGCAGUUUCAAUAAGGGCAUCUGAAUGUACAAAGCAGCCAUUUCUAGUGAAACAUAUCAACAUUCAGGAUCCCCUGAGGGACUACAACAAUUUGGGGCGUAGUAUAAGCUUAGGUAACUCCUACCGGUUUAGGUAUGCCAUUUCAGUUGGGGCUCAGAGGCUUAAGGAGAUUCUUCUCAUGCUACCAGAAGGAAGAAUGAAUGAGGGACUGAAGGAAUUUUUCAACAAUACGUUAGAUAGGAAUGGGGGGGGACAAGGGGCAGAUGAAGGUGAUCUUGUCCCAUUUGGACCUGGAAGCUCUAAAUUCUGUAACCUUCAGGGAGACUACUACGGUUGCCUCAGUAAUUUGCAUUAUGGGCAGUUCUAUCAUGCCAAUCUCUCAUCCUUCUCUCUCCAUCCCGGUUCACUAGAUGUCCCAUUUCAGUGGAUGUAUUUUAACCAAAGUAAUGUGCCUUGGGGGUACACAAAUCAUUUUGCCUCAAUGCUCCCAUCCCAAAAUACUUUCCAGUUUUACAGCCCCUCUUUUCAAUUUGAAGAACAGGAAAGCAACAUGAAUGCUUAUGUCCCAAGCCUACCCUUCUGCUAUGAGACUGCUAGCCAGUUGUCUGGGCUUGCUUAUCAUUUUGAAGAAAAGGUGCCACAAGGAACAGGCACAUUCAUCCCUAACGUGGCCCAGAUUUUUCAUAAUGAUUUAAACAGAUGGGAGCAUGGACAGGAUCCAGAACAUGAACCUCGGAGUGGGAUGCCACAAACCAGGUGGGCAGUUAAGAGGAAUCCAGUCUCCAUGGCUAGCAGUGUGUUGUUGGAACCUGAACAGGAGGGCGGAAAAAAUUCAGAACCCACAUUGCAGGUUCUGUCACCUAAACCUGAAGAUGAGGGAGGGAUGGUUUCAAAAUCAAAGAACCAAGCUCCAUCCUUGAAACCUGAACAGGAGAGACAGAGCAAUCAGGAAUCCAAAGCACAAGAUCUGGUUCUGAAACCUGAAUCUGAGAGUGAUGAGAGUAGUCAAGAAGCCAAAGCACCAGGUCUGGUGCUGAAACCUGAACCUGAGACAGGCAAGAAUCGAGAUGUGUCAACUCAAGGCCUGUUGCUGAAACCUGAAGUUGAGCAAAGAAAGAGCCUGACUCCAGAAUCCACUCCACAAGGUCCAUCGGCAAAAACCCCUCCAGCAAACUAUGACCACAGUAAGGUACCCCCACAGAUGAACCAGGCCCGAGAAGCUGUAAACAGUGGCUGCCUUCACCCGCUAGAAGAAUUCCCAGAACUUCCACACAAGCUGAAGCAGGACAGCAGCCUUGAUCCCAAGGACGGCAAGAAAGAACUGGUUCCUGAUCAACCAUACUCCCUUGCAGACCCCAACGAUUUUCCUCCCUUGGGCAGCAAACAGAAGGGUAAAGGUAAGAGUCAGAGGAAAAAAUGAUAAUUAGUUUAAUGGCAACAGCCCUUGAGCAAUCUUAGUUUCUCAGAAGGAUCUUCUCAUUUUUCUGCUUUUCUGUUAAGACAAUGUUUCCCAUUCCUUUCCCAUUGAGCUCUAGAAACCGGUUUUGUUUUCCCUUGUGAACUUUUGGAUAUCUAACUAUUUAUGGCUAAUUAUCUGACUAUAUGUUUAAUUAUCUGACUAUUUAUGGUUAAUGAAGGUUUAGUUAGAUCCAGC